CCCGCGGAGGCUGCGAAGAAAUCUCACACCGCACCCCAAGCACACCCCACGCGAAACGCCAAAAAACCAAAAGAAAAUGCAAGGCGCAGAGCCCACCCCAUCUCUACCUCUCGCUCUCACUCUCAUUCCUCCUGCUGCUAUCUACCUCGCCUCCACCGAAAUCCCAAACCCUAGCGCCCCCAGGCCGCCAGAUCCCUCCCCGUCGCGGAGCCCUCGCCGCCAUGCGGAUCCGCAGGAGCGCUUCCCGCCUGCUCGGCUCCGCCUACUCCGCCCCCGCCCCUGCCCCCGCGGCCCCGGCCCCCGACGCGGUGCCCCCAUUCGAGCUCCCGCCGCCACGCCUGGAGCCGUGCUCUGCGCCCGAAUAUUGCUGCGGGGGCGGCCUCGCAAGCCCCGCGACUGCCUCCGGGGAGCGCUGUGAGCUCAGCCGCUCGCCGUGGGACCUCAUCGCCGAGCUCUCCCUCUCCGAUCCCCAGGUGGAGGAUGACCUCGUGGACAAGUACUUCGUCCAUGUCGCCUGCCGGGCUAGCUGGCUCUUCACGCCCAGCAUGCCGGCCGCCUCGGUUAAGAAGGAGAAGCCGGCUGUUGCCGCAGCCGGCGAGGACGGCGCCCAGCCUCGGCGUGAGGUUGCGAAGAAGAAAGCGGCAGUGAACAAGGAGGAGAAGAAGGAGACCGAGGCCAAGAAGAAGGCAAUGGAGAAGAAAGAGGAGGGCGAGGACGGGGGAGCUCAAGUCUGGAAGUGCAAGAAGAACGACGGCAAGAGGUGGCACUGCAACCGGACAGUGAGCCGCCCCAACUCUCUUUGCGAUUACCACUUCGUGCAGAAGCGCUCAUACUUAAACCCCGAGUUCGAGUUCGCUUCAGCAGUGGCGUCGGAGGCGGCGAUGCCGGCGUCCACAGCAGCCUCCAAGCCUUCCCCCAGCUCCAAGCCACGGAAGAAGAAGUCCGGUGGCGACUUUGAGGCAACCGAGGGCUUCUACUACUACACCGGGUUCGGCCCGUUCCGCACCAAGAGGCACUGCAGAAGCAGCGGCAUGAACGAGUCUGUACCCGCAAAGCAAGAAGAGGAACAGACUGAAGAUGCCUCUCGUACGAAUCAAGCUCAAGCUGCUGAAGACACCAAUCGGGCUGCAGCUCAUGAUGAUGAUGUGUCUAGCUGCGAUGACAUCGCUGGGAUCGCAGGCGGCGACGAGGAGAGCAGCGAUGACGAAGGAAUUGGUACCUCUGGCCGCAGCAUCAAUGGAAAUGGUGAGCCCCGAGCUAGCAAUGGUGACAGCAAGAGGAAGACCCCGUGGAAGCGGUGGAGGAAGCCCGUGAAGGCGCGGUCGCUCAAGUCUUUGAUGUAAGCACGCACCGACGUGCUCACUUCCGUGGUGUAGAAGAGAAGAUAGCUUAAUUAGCUAGGCAGGUUGGCUUAGCUUAGUUUGUUUCGGUUUAGUUGUUGAAUUGACUGGCUUAGCUUAAUUAUUGUACUCUGAAUUUUGCUUUGCUGUUCCAUGGUGUUUUGCUAUUUUUAGCUAUUUAGGCUAGUUUAAUUUUACUGUUUUUACAAGCCUAUCAGAGUACCAGCAGUUUGCCGUGUUGAGUUUAUGAAAGAUCAAUGUUUUCUUCUUGCGUUUGAAUCCAAAUGUAUUUGGUGUA